AUGAGUUCCAACUGUUGCGGAAAUAGACAUGGUUCAGGUUCAUCGUCUCGACCAGAUUACAACAGGAUUCCAUCGGAAAAUAAUCAUUAUUCAUCUUCGUAUGGAGACAGAAAUGUCGACAGACAUAGUUGGCAAAUUCCAAUUCGACCCAUGAGUUCAAACAUAGGUAGUGAAAGACCUAACGUUGGAAGUUACAGUGGUAGCUAUGGUGGAAAUGGUGCUUAUAGUGGAACUUACGCAGGAGAUAGAUAUGGACAAAGGCCUAGUUACGGAAGUGAAAGUUCUAACAGACCAGGAUCAAAUUAUAAUUCAGCAGAUGUUGGUGGAUACGGUUAUGGUAAUGGUGGAUAUGGUAGUUAUGGCGGCACACGACCUGGACAUGGAAUCACAGCUACUUUAGAAAAUGGAAAUGAUUUUAAUCCUGACGAACCUGAUAUUCCUGACAAUAAUGUCCCACAAUAUCCAGGAAGUAAUAUCCAAACUCAAAAGGCCGUUGCUUUAAAAGCUUUAGCCGGAGUCGCUUUGAUCGGCGCAGCCGCGGCUUUAGCUACAAAUCCGGUUCUUUUACCGAUUGGAAUUGUUUCCGGGAGAAGAAAACGUUCUGAAAUUACUUCCGCGGACAACGACAUUAUGGAUUACGUUUUACAAAUGAUAGCGACGAAUUUUUCUCAAACGUAUGAUAAUGGAAGUUUUGAAAAUAAAAAAUAUGUCUCUCCGAAAUGUGUAGCCAGAUUGACAUGCGAAAUACGUAAAGAUUAUAUGAUCGAUAUUACUGAAGAUAUUAAAGAUCAACACGAUGAGAAAAUUACAAAAAUACAAUUUAACAAAUUAAUUCAAAAUAACGUUCUGAAUGCUGAAACUAUAGAUAAUAGCGUUAAGGAAUUAAUUAAAAUGGCUCUCACCGUAAGUUCAAAUAGAGGAAACUGUGGAGUAUUCGCUUGUAAUUUCAGACGUAAUAAUUUAUCCAAAUAA